AUGUCAAGUAAAUGUACUGUUAAUAAGCAAAACGGUCCUUCCUGUAAAGGAAAAUCAUUGUACAAUAAGAGAGCUUCAAGUACGUACAAUUCAAUAAGCGGCCGAUUCCGUCAGCUGUACGAAAUUGGAUUUGCUUAUGGUGAUUACGCUAGAGAUGUGGUGGCUGUAAGUUAUUUAUUUUUAUGAGUUAUCGUACUGUAUUUUACCCUACCCUACAAUACCCUACCCUACCGUACCCUACCCUACCCUACCCUACCCUACCCUACCCUACCCUACCCUACUCUACCUUACCCUACCCUACCCUACUCUACCCUACCUUACCUUGCUUUAUCUUAUCCUAUCCUAACGUAUACUCUACUUUACCUUGACUUACCUUACUUUAUACUACUUUACCCUACGUUAUCGUAUCUUACUCUAUCUUAAUUUAUUCUAAUCUACUGUACGUUUCAUCAGGAAUUUGAUUUUGUCUUAUCCAUAACCAACUGAUCAAUAAGGCCCUCUUAUUUUUUGUUUUUUUAUGUUAUAGUAUUGUAACUAACUCUCUAUUCAAUAAGCUGCAGCAUAAAGUACAAAGAUUUAUAUUUAAGUAAUUGUCACAACAAACGUCCAACAUAAAAAUGCACUUUUUCAGUUAGGCACCCUCAAAUCGCAUUCCUUAAUAACUCCGAACGUCACCUUUGGAGUAGCCAAUGUAAUUGACAAAGCCUCUCAAGACGACGUAAUUGACGGUGUUAUGGGGUUGGGAUUUCCAAAGCCUGGCGAGCCUGAAUCGCUAAUUAAUCGAGCAGUCUCUGAAGGCAAAUUGGAAAAACCGUUGUAUACGGUAUGGAUGAAAAAGGUCGGCGGAGAGGUGGAUCGUCUUGGCGGAGAGAUUUUGUUUGGUGAUGUGGAUACUGUAAAUUGUGAAAAUACUGCAGAUUAUACUGCGCUGACUUCGACUGACUAUUGGCAAUUUGAAGUUAAUAAUGUCAUUGUUAAUAUCAAUGGAAAGAAGAAGGUAGGUUUGGUACUAGCUUAGAGUUAAGGUAGGAUUAGAGAGAAGCUAGCUUAGAGCUAGGACAGGUUUACUUAAAGGAUAUGAUAAGAUUAGCAAAGCCUUUUAAUAAAAUUUGUAGAUAGUAAGACUAAAGUAAAGUCAAUAAUGGUAAAGUAAAGAUACUAUAAAUGUAUUAUAAGUAUUAUAAGCUGCCGACAUAAAGAACCCGCUAUACUUUUCCUGUAAUUUCAUGUAAAAAACGGCGGGUUUUUUAUGUCGGCACUUAGUGUAACCAAGAUAUCAUUAAGAUACGAUAUUUUACCACAAAUUUUACUAGACUUUUCUAACUUUCAGAGAGUAGCAGCUAAAAUAGAGGUUAUAUCAGAUACAGGAACAUCAGCUAUCGUUAUUCCAAAGGUGAUGUAUCGUCGACUAAUGAAGGCGCUAGAACUGGACCCAAAAGUUCCUGGACUGCCAUAUGUAAAGUGUAAUGCUAGAUUUGUAAUGAGCUUUGAAAUCAACGGCAAAACGUACUACUUGAGUGCUCAGGAUCUUGUGGUAGGACCUAUUUUUAUUUUGUUUUAAAUUUUUUUUUAAUUUAAAAAUUUUUUUAAUUUUUGAAACUUUAAAAUUUUAAAAGUUUUUUUAAAUAUUUAUAAUUUCACCCCAGCCAUACCUUAAAAAUUUAGGUAAGAUACUCCGACGGAUGUGUCCUCCAAUUCGACGUGUCAUAUAUUGAAGGUGAUGACAGUUGGGUACUAGGUGACCCAUUUAUCCGCACCUACUGCCAAAUAUACGAUCUCGGGUCAAAAAGAAUUGGUUUUGCCAAAGCCAAAAAGACUACACCACAACGUUUAAGGUGUGGUAAAAACUGCUUAAAUACUGAGAGGGGGCAAAGAUGGCAACGUACUUAUGAAAAUGACCCUAUGCAUUACUAUGGUGAUCCUGGAUUGAUAGCCGAGAAGGUUCAGCAUGAUGGUAGUGGGGUUUAUGAUGAUGGUGAUGACGUUGAGAUGGGGGCAAUUAAGGAGAAUUCUGAGGGAGAAGAUAGUACGGAACUUAAUGGAAGUGCGGAGAUUGAAGAUAUCAACGAUGAUUAG